AUGCUCGCCCCAUCCUUCCUUAAACGCCUACUCGACGCGAGGGAGUCCCUCCCCCCGCCCGUGCUGCUGCUGCUGCUGAGGGUGCUCCGCCAGCUGUCGGCUGAUGCCGCCUCGCAUGAUUCAUUGCAGAGGGCCGAUGCGGUCCGUGCGCUCGUGCCGUACAUUGAUGCGGGGUUCAGAGAGCGGUUUGAGGGGGAGAAGGGGGAGAGCCGGACAGGGGGGGGGGCUGGGGCGGUGUAUCCAGCUUCACUGUUCUGCGACAUUCAGGCUGAGCUGUCGGCCGAUGCCGCCUCGCAUGAUUCAUUACAGAGGGCCGAUGCUGUCCGUGCACUCGUGCCGUACAUUGAUGCGGGGUUCAGAGAGCGGUUUGAGGGGGAGAAGGGGGAGAGCCGGACCGGAGGUGGUGGGGGAGCGGUGGUGUAUCCGGCUUCGCUGUUCUGUGACAUUCAGGCAGAGGUGAGUGCAUCAAGCAAAGGCGCUGAUGGCACUGCGCUGAUGGCGCUGUACAAUCUGUGCAGGGGCAGCAAGCGCAGGCAGGAGCUGGCAGCAGAAGCUUCCAUCGCGCUGAUGGCGCUGUACAAUCUCUGCAGGGGCAGCAAGCGCAGGCAGGAGCUGGCAGCAGAAGCUUCCAUCGUCCCCCCCCUCAUGGAUCUCAUCUCCUCGCGCUCCCCGCUGCUGCCCUUUGCGCUGCCGCUGCUGUGCCUGCUCGCCACGGCCUCCCGUGCUGCCUGCGACACACUGCUGCACCACAACGCGCUGCCGCUGCUGCUCUCCCUCCUCGCUGAACCACUCACGCCCCACGCCGCCAUCGCUGCCCGCCUCGCGGACAGCAGGAAGGACGGAAUCGGGGGAAAGGGGGGAGCCGGAGGAGGGGGUGUUGCAGGAGGCGCAGGAGGAGCAGGGGGAGCGGGGGGAGCAGGGGGGAUGGGAUGUGGGGAAGGGGCGGAGAGGAUGUGGGGGGCGGCGGCGUUUGAGGCGGUGGUGGCGUGUGUGGUGAACGAUGGGGAGGGGCGGCACGUGGAGCAGACGUUGCUGCGCCGGGAUUCCCUGGAGGCACUUGUGUGGUUCGUGCGCGGGGCCGCCAAGACUCCAUCUUUUACAGCACUCUUUGAGCUUCUGCUGCGCCUCGUCACCAAGUCGCCGACACUGAAUGCAGCGCUGUCGGUGGGAGGCCUGGGCGACCUGCUCGUGGCUCGCCUGGACGACCCUCAGCUGGAGCCCGCCGUGCGGCUGAACCUGCUCAAGCUGCUCAAGGCGGUGUACGAGCAGCACCCAUACCCCAAGGGGCUGUGUGUGCCGGAGGAAUUGCCAGGAAAGCUGCAGCGAUUAACAGAGGAGCGGCGAAUCGCGGGUGGGCAACAGGUGCUGGUGCGACAGAUGGCUUCGGCUCUGCUCAAAGGACUGCACUUCGGCCCGCCCAGAUAA